AUGGACUACUCGGCAUUCCCAACCUUUCCCAUUCCGGCCUCGAUUCGGCGGCGACUCCCCCGCCUGUACCUUUCUCGGGCCGGAUCAAAGGACAUGGCCGGUGAUCCCCGCCGCGGACUGGCCUCUUCUUCCGAGCCUCAGCUGUGUAACAUCCAGCUAGUGGAGCCAACCCUUGACAGCCGGCCCACAACGGCAAGUGACGAUCUUGAUUUCGAUGCUGGGUCCAGAGGCUCAGAGACCCCAGCCGAGGAAAUGGGUUCUCCUACGAAAUAUGAGGCCGAGUCUGGGUUGCGCUGGAAUCGAGUAGUGCCCGGUGAGUUCAUGCUGCCUUGGUAUUCAGGUUACCAAUUGGUUGCACAGCUGUCACUGACGGGAUACGAGGCCCAGCAACCUCAUGCUGACGGCCGAUUAGCGCGGUCUUUAUAUGUGAAUGCAUUGGUCUACCUACUCGAUGCUUUACCCCAAGAAUUGAGUGGUGAGGAAACAACCAUGCUCCAGCAUCAUAUCCCAGAGCAGAUAACGGCGGCGUUGACGGCCUACCCACCCCGCUAUGUGGACAGGGAGCCUCGAUCAUGCCACAAUCCUAGAUCUUACCUGCACAAGGUCCUUGCCUCGGUCAUCUUGCAGGUAUUCAUACUACUGCGAUUUCUAUUGCCAUAUGUCAAGCUUCUCUUACGCCAAGUGUAUGAGUAUGAACGAACACACCGCAUUACUGAGCGGGUCUUGACUGCCACACUGGAUGCUGCGGAUGGUCUGGGGAAAGGCAGUGUUAGUAUCGGAGCUUCUGUCUGCCGACUGAACGAAGGUCGGGUUGGGGCUGCAUUGUCCAAUCUUGCAGCUUGGUGGAUGGAAGGGGUUGCUGGUGGGAUAUAUGAAGGCGUGGGAGAGGGGAUGGUGCAUUUGGGUAUCAUUGGACAAGAAGUGGAGCUGGGUGGAUUUCCGAUGCAUUCAAUGGACAGAUAA